UGGCAACCCAAACGCAUGCGUCGUGGCUUUCAAGUGAUUGGACCGUCCAUAAACCCGGAAGUAGCGUGAAGGUCUUUGGCGAUGGUCGGAGUUUGUUUCACUGUUGUGGGCCCGGUAUCAAUGUGAAAAUGGGUGUUAAAAUAGAGGUGUUUAGAAUGAUGCUAUAUCUGUCUUUUCCCGUGACCAUGUUCUGGAUCUCAAACCAGGCUGAGUAUUUUGAAGAGUACAUAGUGAAGAGAAAGAGGGAGAUCUUCCCCCCUGACGAGGGACUGCAUAGGAAAGAGUUGGAGGACUUCAAAGAGCGAAUGCGUGUACGUAAGGAGCAGCGAAUAUUAAAAGAGAUUUCUAUGGAGUCUGAGAAUUGAUGUGUUGAAAAAAUGCAUAAAUUCCCAGCACCACCGAUGGAGGAUAAUCUGGUGUUUUUUGGGCAAAAUAAACUGGUCGGACUGGAGUAAGAGGGUGACGCGUUGGAAAGAAGUUAC